UCAGAAAUAUCACAUUUUAACGCUUAAACCGACUUUUGUGUGUUUUAUCCCGUCCCGUCGAGCGGAUUAUCCGCCUCCCGCUCUGCGGCUGUCAAAAACGCGUUCAUCGGCGUGUUAAUAUUAGAAUGAGUGUUUCGCAAUGCUCGCACAGCUGCCAAAUAAUGUCCGAUAAUGCGUCAUAUUUUUACGCGUUGAAACCGUCUUAACGCAGAUUAAGUUGUGGCUGUGUUGUUGGAUCAAAAGAGGGGAAGCUAGCAUGAAUAUUAGUCUCUAUAUUAACGAGGAAACAGCCUUGUUUACAUGUUGGAGUUUCCUCAUCGGGCACGAAGAGGCAGUCGCUCGGACUUUUCUGGAAUAUUUCCAUUUUAUGUUGCUUAACACUUCUGCUGCACUUCACUCAAAAGAGGAUUGUUGGACUUCAUCAGCUACUAGUGAGUAUGUUUAACUCUAUGACAUCGACUUAAAGACAAAGGAUGGACGGCGAGAGAAGUGAUGGCGAGCCGGAGGUGGUGGACGAGUUUGCGUGUGCCGGCAUGCUGCGUGGAUCUCUGACCAAGCUGCACGGCACCGUGGAGAGGAUCUUCGGCGUGGCGUUCGGCAUCGGGGCGGACGAUCUUUCCCACGGCAACAACGGGCAGAUCUGGCUCAAACUGCAGGGGCAGAGCGACGGUGUGAAAGCCGCCAAAUUGUUUGUGAGGGGAGUUGUGAACCAGGAGGAGCAGAAGGAGGUUUCCUACCCGAAGCUCCUUCACUGCGUCUUCUGCGGAGCCAGGGGGCUGUUCAUGGACUGCCUGAUAAGAAGCACCUCGGCGCUUAUAGUGGUUGGUUCUACAGGAUCCCUCCUUAUCUCGGGUCUUAUGGAGCCGGUGGUGCGAGCCUACUCCCUCAUCGCAGAGCUGGUGGAGAGAUACGAGGGCGUACAGUCCAGAUACUCUGAGAAUGGGGACAGAGGCCUAGGCGAGUCUCUGGAUUCGCGCCGAGCCUUCAAAACCCUUGUGGAGAACUGGGAGGACAGGCACAUCCUGGAUCUGCUGGUCUUACCAGGGUCGGUGAAGGAAAUCCUGCUGGAUUUGGUGAAAGAAUCGGGGCUUGGAUCAAACCCCAGACUGGCACUGACAGAUGGAAAUGCAGGGGUGCGAUCGCUUGAGGAUUCAGAGGGUAGAUGGGACAGCACUACUGAUCGGUGGGUAGAAGGGAUGACUGCAGGAUCGGGGAAUGACUCUGCUGCGAAAGACUCCUUCUUUCAGGCUUUCCCCACAUCUGGGGGAGCUCGAGGGAGAGCAGAGGGAGCUGAGGAAAGACUCAUUCGUUCUCCACAGGAGGUGGGAGAGGAAGAGCAGCUGGAGCAAGUGGCAGCAGGAGGUACCAACAUGACAAAGGGAGCAGGGGUGGAGGAAGAGCAGGAGCUGCAGUUUUUGCUGCUUUUGAAGUUCUUCACAGCCAUGGGGUACACGGAGGAUGUUGUGAAACGAGUCCUUGCACGAACGGGACCCAAGGAGGCCUCGCAGAUCCUGGACGUGGUCCAACAGGAGCAGGAUCGCAGUGACCAGGAGCAGGCAAAUCAGCAUCGCCAAACCCAGAAGAAUCAAAACGGAGUUGCCUCUAAUCAAAGCGAGAGGAACCGACCUUGCGAGACGGAGCACAGAGAAGAUGAGGAAACGGCAGCAGGAGGAAGUAACGGAGAUGUGGGAGAUGUUUGUGAUAAAGCGGGAGAUGCAGCUGCAGGCGGCACAAGUCCCCUUAAACAAGAGGGUAGUACCGAGAAAACGGAGGAAGGACGCGAGGACGACUUUGUCUUAGGAGUGGUGAAGAAAGCUGCAGCCAGCUGCGGGUACAAGGAGCAGAAAGUCGCUAAAGUCUACAACAUGUUGCCCAAUCGAUCCACUCACCAGCUGCUCCUGGAGCUGCAGAGAGACGGGAGCAAAGAGACGGACGCCUUCAGGGAGGGCCCGAGAGAGAUGGACGACGUGGUGCUGGAGAAUCUGAAGGUUGGGCCAGGAGAGAAUGAAGCACGAGGAGAAAGUGAGCUUUUCAUACCUGCAGAAAAGAGAGAAUCUGAUGACAAAGGAUGGGUAAUGGUGCCAAACCUACCUGGACCUGUUGCAGAGCCAGAUUUAUUUGCUUGGCAUGAUAAACCCCAGCAGCACAAGAUGAAUCAGUACAGCUCAAAGCCAAAGCGACACCAGCCCCCCAAGAACCAAACCCUGCACAAUAUCGUCCUUCCGGAAGUGAAAGGACCACCCAUGCCCAUUUACUCCUCAUCCAUAGAUCCUCCACAAAACAAUUUCCAGUCCAACAAACAAUACGGACAAACUGACUACUGGCCUAAUCAAGCCGCCUCAAAACAAAACCAUCCAACCCAAGACAUCGUCAUCAAUCCAAAACCCCGGUUGGACUUAAAACGAGCGCUCCAAGCCCCUCAGCCCCCCGUCUUCACAGGGAAAGACUCGUCUCCCACCAGGGUGAGGGAAAGGCAGGGCUUCAUGGCCACCUCGUCAGUGGUGGUGACAGGGGAGCAGCGUUUCCUGGAGGGGCUGCAGAUGCCCUUUGACCUUCAGCUAACAGACAAGCCCGGGGACCCGAAGCUGAGGGCGAUCAUCAUUGACGGGAGCAACGUGGCCAUGAGUCACGGGCUGGGUCACUUCUUCUCCUGUCGAGGCAUCGCUUUGGCCGUCCAGCACUUCUGGGACCGAGGCCAUCGUCACAUCAUCGCCCUCCUGCCACAGUGGAGACAGAAGAGCGACCCCAAGACCAAAGAGCAGCACUAUCUGGUCGAGCUGCAGCAGCUGGGCCUGGUCUCCUACACACCGUCCAGAGAGGUCCAGGGCAAGAGGAUCAGCUCGUAUGACGACAGAUUUAUGCUGCAGCACGCACAGAAGACAGACGGCGUGAUUGUGACGAACGACAACCUGAGAGACCUCUCAGAUGAGUCGCACGUCUGGAGGGACAUCAUCAAAAAGAGACUUCUUCAGUACACGUUUGUUGGGGAUCAUUUCAUGGUGCCGGACGACCCUCUGGGCAGAGGGGGGCCUCACCUGGAUGACUUCCUUCGCUCAGAGCACAGGACUCCUUACCCAGGAAACCACUCUUUUGCCGGCGUAGCCACCAAUUUCCCUGCCUCCAAACCUCCCCGCUCCCAAACUGAGGUCCUGAACUUCCGCGACCGAACGCUGGGUGGAGCUCUGGAUCCGACACGUGGAGAGAGUCGGGUUAGAAGGCGAGGACAUGGAAGAGGAUGGGACGCCGGUCACCAGCACCAGCAGUUUGGAGCUCUGGCCGCAGACAGGAGUCCAGAGGAAACAGCCAGCCUGAGGGAGCAGCUCUGUCAGGUUUUUGCGGGUCAGGACAACAUGGUGGCGCUGGUUCUGCAGUGCCACCCGGCAGAGACAGACAUUAAUGUGCUGUCUGGUCUGAUCCUGGAGCAGCAGCAGGACUAGACGCCUUAAAGUCUUGGUGUUCCCCGUGGGUUAAUUCAGACUUUUUUAUGCCUUAUUUUGCCCUGGUUUGAGUGAUUAUAAAUGUUUCCCACCAAAGCAACUACAAGAAGAAGAAGGAGUCACACCAGCUAAUCAUUGAUCUGCAUUAACAAGGACCAGCUUUCUGUUCACAGUCCAAAACACAUAAUUUAUCGGUGGUGAGAUAACUUCACUAUCUCAUAUAUUACUGUUUCUUCUUACAAUCCCUCUCCCGUGCAUAAUGUUCUAUCCACAGCAAAAAAUUCCAGAUUAAUCCAAGUCUGAUUCAGCAGAGCAGCUAAUGAUGCUAAGCAUGCUGUCCCUUUAUAACUUGUUUGAAAACUCUUCAAUCUUUUUAUAAAGAAAAAUGAGUUUGUGUUCCACAUGGUGGACGUAUUUGACAUUCAUGUUCCCAAGCAGAUGAAUCCUGAUGUUUUAAUGAUACCCGACACUGAUUAAUGACCAAGGACUAAUUACAUUCCCAUCAGCUUCUACUGCUCUUUGUGGUCAGUGCUAAUUGGCAAACUUUAGCAUGCUAACACAUUAAACUAAGAUGUUGAGCUUGGUUAACGUACUUGCUAAACAUUGGCAUGUUAGCAUUGCCAUUGUGAGCGAGUUAGCAUGCUGAUGUUAGCAUUUAGCUCAGAUCAUUGCUAGGCUACCAGCAGUGGUGGAAGGUGUAUUUUUCACUCAUGUACUCUAUCUAAGUACAGUUUUGUUGUACUUAUAGUUGUAAAACAUUUUGUGCUGCUUUAUACUUCUCCAUUUUUAAGAGGAAAAUACUUUUUAACCUUUUGUUCUUUUAAAUUUUUACUUGUGUCUAGUGCUGCUAAAUAGCCAGUGCUAGCAUGCUUACAGGCCAAAGAAACAUGUAGACAUGGAAAAUUGGAAUGUCAGCAUUGGCACUGUGAGAAUGUUAGCAUGCUGAUGUUAGCAUUUAGCUAUAGUAGCGCUUCACUGAGCUGCUAGCGUGGCUGUAGACUCCUUUCUCUUUGAUUUUUGACACCAAUUUGUAAAGACAGCUAUCAAACAUCCUCUUCAAGGGUGUUUUAGUGGCUUGACGUCACUGUUUUUCAUUCUACAGCCAUGUUAGCGAGAUGAUUAAUUCUCACUUGGUUCUUGUACAAUUGUUGUAGGGGUUUAGAAAAAGAACAGAAAAAAACAAAUCUAUUUUUUCUGAAUUGUAACCCCCUAAAGGUUUUCACCUGGUUGUUUUAAAAGUCUUACAGGCACAUCGGUAACGCUGGAUAAAGUUGUAGAUAGUUGUUGUUGUAUUGAGAUGGUUUGGGUCCAAAUGUAGAUAAGCACCACCAGCUGUCGGGAAUGGAUGUCAUGUCCCAAUGCUAGAAUAAUACUAAACCAAUCAUUACAAUAUUCUGUGCACUCGAUGUUAUAUAUUUUUUUAACUUAUUUUAACCAGGUCUGAUGUUGUCAUGACCGUAGCCUUGAGCAGAAGAUCAUUUUAGAGUGUGUCUGGAUGAGGAAACAGAGCUUCAUGAGCUGAGAGAUGAUAACAAACAAGGGCUAGUAGAUCUUUCAUCCUUAUAUAUGAUUGAAGAUCAGAUCCUCGAUCCAGCCUCUCAAAGUUCAGAUAAAAUAAACAUAUUUUUAAUGUUUAUAUGUACAUUUUAUGGCUUUAAGAGGUCUGCCCUUGUUUCUGUAUUAAAGUGUUUCUUGAUUCAGAUCAAAAUCCUUAAAGUGUUUGCAUGGUGUUUCUGAAUGUCUCUGUCUUGGGAUCAGCCAUUUUAAAAUAACAUCAAUCUAGAAAAUUAUAAGUGUAAAACCAAACCUACGAAUUUAUAGAACUAUCACCGGAGAUAGAGGAGCUAAAACAGUGUUGCGGUGGUAGUUUGCGCCACCAGUUAAGCUAAAAGCACUCCAUCUGAAGUGGAUGCACAAACUCAACCACAUGUCAAGGUUAUAGAUAAUGUCUUUUCUAAUCAGUUCAGGAUCUCAGUGGCUUCCGGAGACUUGCAUCAAGCCAUGUAGAACUUUCUGAUCAUCAUUGGAUAGAUCGAUGACGACUGAAUUUUCAUGUUUGAGCGAAUUUACCCGUUGAGCAUGCUUUUAUUUGGUGAUUUUAAAGGUCAAACGACAAAAAUGUGGAUGAAUCUGAGUAGAAAGUGACAAAAGGGAAGUCGACUGUACAAAUAAUCAGUGUUUCAGCUGCCACUUAGUGACUCAGUGUCAAGUCCUAAAUACACAUCCUCAUAUAUAUAUAUACAGUGAGACUGUGUUGGAACGACUCUCACAACUUUCCACCAGAGGUCGCACUUCACCACUGUUUAGAGUAACUACGAUGCCGCAGACAAUGCUUCAAAUUAAAUUCCUACUGUGAAAUGAAAUGA